GGCAGUGCUGUCUUUCCUCUGCGGGGAGCUGGCAGCUGCUCCAACCGGUUUGUGGGUCUGGGCGGUGACACCUCCUGCCCGAGGCCUGAAAGAGGGCUGGGAAGAGCUGGUAUGGAUGCCAAGGAACAAACAAGAGCUGCUUGUGUCCUGCCAGGCAUGGAGCCCAGCAGCGGGGCAGGGACAGUGUGUGCUGCUACCCUGGCAUGGGGCCACAGGGGCCAGAGCUUGGACUGCUGCAGGAGCGGCUGCCCCACGAGCUGGGGGGAAACUGAGGCACGGAAGCACGGGGGGACCCCACCCAGGUGAUGAACCAAGAGGUGCUGGCAGCAACGGCAGAGACAUCCCGGUGCCCGCACAACAACCGGCUCUUCCCCUUCAGCAUCCCAGGCCGUGCCCUGCCAUCUGCCCUUGGCAUCCCCUGCCUGCCCACGGGCACCGGUGGGACUCAACUCCUGCACCUGGGUGGCCCAAGCCCGGUCUUCUGCAUCCUCCCCCGUGGGAGCAGCUGGGAUAUUAAGUGUCAUCCCUGCGGGGAGAAAUGCAAGUGGAAGAAUCCCGGGAAACUGGUUUUACCCCUCUGUCCGGUGCUGGCGGCAGGACGGCGGCAGCCGCCGCUGCUCCUCCCUCGGCAGAGGCUUUUAUAGCGCCUGCCAUGGUCCCGGCAGCCGGCACUGCGCGGCGGGAGGCAGGCAGGGCUGCGGGCUGCGAGCGAUGGCCUCCAUGGGGCUGCAGGUGCUGGGCAUCGCCCUCUCGGUCAUCGGCUGGUUGGCCUCCAUCCUCUGCUGCGCCUUGCCCAUGUGGCGGGAGACAGCCUUCGUCGGCAACAACAUCGUGGUGGCCCAGAUCGUCUGGGAAGGGCUGUGGAUGAACUGCGUGGUGCAGAGCACGGGGCAGAUGCAGUGCAAGGUCUACGACUCCCUGCUGGCCCUGCCGCAGGACCUGCAAGCCGCCCGCGCCAUGGUGGUGGUGGCCAUCGUCCUGGCCAUCCUGGGCACCCUGCUGGCCGUCACCGGCGGCAAGUGCACCAACUGCGUGGAGGACGACACCGCCAAAGCCAAGGUCGUGAUCCUCUCCGGGGUUAUCUUCAUCGUCGCCGGCGUCCUCAUCCUCAUCCCCAUCUCUUGGUCGGCCAACACCAUCAUCCGGGACUUCUACAACCCACUUGUCACCGACUCCCAGAAGAGGGACCUGGGCUCGUCCCUCUACGUGGGCUGGGCGGCCUCCGUGCUCCUGAUGCUCGGAGGGGGCAUCCUGUGCUGCAGCUGCCCCCCCCGGGGCGAGCAGCCCUACUCUGCCAAGUUCACAGCCGCUCGCUCUCUACCGGCCAGCAACUACGUCUAGGAGCCGCUGUGCCUGCUUGGACCCCCCCCAGCGUUCCUGGGAAGCUGGAAACUCCGAGAGCCCCUCCUGGCUCGUGGACCCCCCCGGCUGGGCUGGGGGCUGGCCGGGAGCCAGGGCAGGGAGGGCUGGGUGCUGGGGAGGUGUGAGGGAGGGCAGACAGAGCUGCCUUUGUUCGUCAGGAGGUUGAAGCUGGUUCUUUAAUCUCGGCUGAGGCUGGGAACAGGGAGAUCCUGUCCUGGCUGUUCCCUCCAGUGGGGGUCCUGCUCCCUCUGGAGUACUCAGCCAUGGCGUCUUCCCUGGCAAAUCACCCAAUCCCCCCCUGAGCAUGUCCUGGCUCCUGGUAUUGGGUUAUGUCACAUUGUGACACAGAUUCCAUGGGCAGCACAUGGCACUUGGAGGCUAAAUCCCCCCCAGGACAGGUGGCCAGGCGCCCUCUGGGGUGGACAGUGGUGCUGGUGGGGACACUAAACCUGUCCCAUGCAGUCAUAGGGAUGUGGGGUCUCUGCAGACCCCGGCAGGGUCUUGAGGGGCUGUGGGGGCUCUUGCUUGCCUGUACCCUAAACCUUGAUGUUGACCUACUUUUGGGGCUUGGAGCAGCUCCACUGAUGUCUGAUUUCUGGUGGCAGCUCCCCGGGGCGGGGGCAUCAUUAUCCUGGGAGUGGGAAGGCAGCGGCUGGGCUGGAGGAACCGGUCGGGGAGGCAGGAAUGGAGCGGAAUUGGGCACCUGCUUGGAACGGGGUGACUCCCACACCCGACCCCAUCCCAUGGGGUGCAUCCAGCCCCAUGCUCCCCCUGGCAUUCACUGAGUGGGGUGCCCAGGCUAGGGGCAGGAGAGGGUGGCUCAAGGUGUCCCCUCAGGCCGUGCCGCCGUUUGUCCCCACGUUGCAGCCUUCCCACAUUAAACGGCAGCUGCUUGGACCCUGCGUGCUGCUUUUUCUUUACCCUCUCCAACACCUCUGUGCCUCUGUGCUGGGACACCCUGGUGCUCCUGUGCCGUGGAGCCCUGGCCACCACGAGAUCCCCCAGAUCUGCUUUCCCGAGCCUUCUGCCAUCCCAGCCACUGCCCGGCCCCUGCUUCCUGAGCCAUCCUGGAGGGUGACAGCAGCUGCCUUCGCGGCACGAUGCCUUGGUGACGCCGAACGUGGUGUUGGGGAUGUCCCAGGCUCGUCCUGAGGUGAUCUUCCCAGCCGAGCAGGAAGAAGGUGAUGGGCGCCGCUGAGGGCAGGUUGGGACGUGCUGGCCCCGGGGCCACCCAGCAGCCCUCUCCUCUCUGGGAGCAGCCCGGGGUGGGGUGGGCCACGCCAGCUGUUUUGCCUAUCGUGCUGCCGGCAUGGCAGGUUGUGCCAGGGUGCACUCUGCUGGCUUGGGAACAUCCUUCCCUGCCGCUUUCAGGUGUGUGAUGGGUGGUGCCAUCCUGACUCUGGGUGUCUCAUCUGGGUCUGGAGGCUUGAGGUGCUGCCAGUGGAAAAUGCACCUGUGGCCCUGUGCUGUCGGGGUCCAGGUGGAAAUGUGAUGCUCCGGCAAGCAUCCCUGCUGGCAUCCCUGCUGGCAUCCCUGCUUCUUGUCCCUGCUGCAGGUGGUCGUGUUACCCAUGUCGUGGGUCUCUCAUGGUCCUGCUGGCUGGGGGAGGGUGCCUGGGAUGGCUUCCCAUUACCCUGACCUCCCAAGAGGCCGGUGUCCCUUUCAUGAGGAGAAGGACUUUUUUUGUGGCCCAAAGGGGCUUUCGUGAACCAGGGGAGGCAAAGCCCUAGUGCUUGGGUAUCCGUCAAGAUGCCAAGGGCUGAAAGGUGCUGGGGAGGGAGUCAGGACACAGUGGGGGAGGAGAGGCUGAAGAAACUGAAACUGGGACUGGAGGAAUCACAGUGAAACCUCCAGCAAGUGCCACAGGGUGUGCCAGGCACAGCCGAUACCGUGCUGGUACAUGGGGCUCAUAAAAACUCAUCUAGUCUCAGUUACCAAGCAUGGGUGCCAGCACCCAUGGGUGCGCUCUGCCCCUUGGCAGGAUGGGGGCUCUGCCCUGUGUAGGGCUGAGCAGUUAUUUGGGCUGAGCCAGGAGCCAUAGUGGCCACGUGUGACUGUGGUGGGGCCAUGUGUCUGGUGUGUCUCCAUGUACUGGACACCCUUCUUAUCUGAGGGUCAGAGGGGUAAUGCCUGUGAUGACCCUGGGCUCCACAGUCCCUCACCAGGGGUUUGCCCUCAUGGUGCUGCUCCUGGUCUGAAAGAAGAGCAGGUAUCCCUGAAAGUGCUGAGCCCCAC